AUGUCCUCCCUUUCUCAAUACCUCUCGUCAAUCUCCUCCCGCCUUCCUUCUCUCUCCUCCAGCCCCAAUUUAACAACUACAUCCGCCCCGAAAAUUCUCCUGUCCGCCCUCUCAGCCACUCUCAUCGUCCUGGCCUAUCGCGACUACCGAACUUACAUGUCCUAUGGCCCUGGUGGCAGCCCACACAAUGUAAUCGGGUGGUUUGGCGUGCGCGUGGCGAUGCGCCCCUUUAAACGAGAGAUGUUCUCGACGGAUAUCUAUACGCAGAAAAUCAAGGAGGGGGAAAGCACGAGUUAUCUGCCAAUAGAGGAGGAAUUGGGCCACAGGGAGGGCGGGAGGCCCACAGUUGGACCGCAUAUCGUGCCGCAGAGGCAGUUGGAUGAGUUUGGGUCAAAGGAAAUGCAGAAGAAACUCGUUGAAGAAUUCGAAUCUUUCGCGACUCGGAACCCGCAUGCCGUGAAACUGGCACCUUCGGUGCUGGAACUCCACGCAGAUGCAAUCUUCGUCGCUGAUGGGCUUGCGAGUACUUUUCCGGCGCAGAAGACCAGGCGCGAGAUCGCUCACAUUCACCGUUUGAAGGAUGGGUCUGUGCAUGUGACUCUGGCACCCGCAGACUGCAAGAAGGUCUUUGAUGCUGGCUGGGGUCAGCGUCAUUCGCUGUCUGGAGCCACAGUUCCCAAGGCUAUUACGGGCCGCGUUCUUGAGCUACCUUCUGAGUAUGUUCUGAUUUAUGCACCUCGCACCGAGGUUGAGGUGGCUUUUGUCAUGGAGGUUGUCAAGGCCAGUGUGAAAUAUAUGACUGGGUCGGAGGACCUACGGUGA